AUGCAGAUCGGGAACCCGACGGACGUCAAGCACGUCGCGCACAUCGGCUGGGAUAACGCCUCCGUCACAGCGCCCAGCUGGAUGAACGAGUUCAAGGCUACGCCAGGGGCGCCCAGAGGCGGCGAGCCGGAGCCCUCGCAGCCAGGGGGAGGAGGGGGAGGAGCGGGAGGGUGCGGAGAGGAGCAGCCGUCGCAGGCCGGUGGAGGAGGAGCAGGCGGAAGGGCGGAGCAGGCGGAGCGGCCGCGGCGGACGAAGGGGAAGGGGUCGCGGGGCAGCGAGGCGAAGCGGCGCGACUGCGCGGGCGAGGGGUUGCGGCGCGAUCAGCGGGUGGGGAAAGCGGAGGCGGAGGGCGGCGAGGGGGAUGCAGCGCCGAAACAGCGGCGGAGGAAGCCGCGGGCGUCGGGUGGGCGGUCGAAGUCGUCGUCCGGUGGCGCAGGGUGCGGCCCCGCCUCGGACACGGCGGCGGCGCCGGUGGCGGAGGACGACCGCAACGGCUACUGAGGUGGAGGAAGUCUCUGUGUGGUGUGGCUGGCAUUACUACCUGCUCCGCUUCGCUGCUCGCGCGCCGUUGGGGUUCGAGCUCGACUGGCCUAGUAUAUAUGGAGGAAGUCUUUCUUCAAAUUUGAAUUUGGUUUUUGUUUGGUUCUCUGGAGAUUGGAGAGAUUUGGGCCUUUUUCUCUUUUCUGUUCUUCUUUUACAUUGUUUUGGGCCGGGUCUUCCGAUUGUUUUUAGAUGCUCGUGUAACGUAGAGUGGCACAACCAGCCAG